AUGGCUGGGUUCAGCGUACGGAAUGCAUACUACCUUCGCGUAUCAGCAAGUUCAGUGAUACCUCUGUAUCUCUACCUCGAUGAAAGACACGUAGAUUGGAUGUCAGACACAGUGCUACAGCAUGUCCUGGCUGAUCUGCGACCACUGGUUUUGCCAAAGUUACAAGCUGAGAAAGACAUCCACUUUGGUCCUGGGGCUUCGAGUGGGAGGAAGGGAGCGGUGGAUGUUCAUCGGGGAGAGACUUAUCAGGCUGCCUUUUUCUUCCAGAAGACGGAACCUCAUAAUGUAAUCAUUAAGACGCGUUCAUUUGUUCCAGCACCCCCACCUUCUUCCAAGGUUAAUAUACCCCCACCACGACCGGAAAAGUCCAAGAGCAGAAGUGGGAAGAGAAAAAACAGAGCAUCAGAGAAUAAGGAUACUCAGACAGCUUCUGGCCGCAAGAGAAGGAAGACGGCAGGCAGAUCUCGAGCUCAUAGUGAUGAGGAGGACGAGGAAGAAGAAGAGGAAGUCAUAAGCCUUUCAGAUGACAGCAGUGAAAUGGAUAGGACACAGGGAGUUUCUCGAGAGACUCCUGCUACGACUCGACGUUCGCAGAGAAUAAAAAAGAUUCCUGUCGGGGGCUAUCGUGAAGACGUCGAGGACCCUGUGGAAAUUAGUUCUGACGAAUCUCUAGAUGUGGAGAUGGCUGGCCCAACCGAGACUACCCAGCAAAACGAGGUCCCUGAAGAGGAACUUAGUGACCACGAUGUCCUUGUGAUGGAUCACAGCGCUGAAAUAUCAACCACCGUUAAACAAGAAGACACAGAGAAGUCCCUGGAAUCUACUAUGGAACAUACUCUUGAUUCGGAAGCCGUCGUAAUUACUCCUGGGCCAAGUCGACCGUUCAUGGAGAUCGACGACGAAGACGACAAGAAAGACAAGCUAGCAUUGAAGCUCAAGUACCAAGGUUUCAACAUCUUUGGACGCUGUCUUUGCGUAGUCGUGGAGCCAUGGCCUCCAAUUCGAUCUGCCACACGAGCGCCAUCCGUAAUACCCUUAACAAACGAGGCAUUAAGAGGCUCGACAAUCGCACCUCCUGAUUUCGUGCCUAGCAAUAACAGCCAAAGAGCCCGCACGCCUCUCUUCCUGCCAGAGUUUGACAGAGGUAGAAGCCUGACCCCGACUCCUUUUCCUCGAGCAAAGACCUUGCCUCCAGUUCCCCUCUUCAAUGACCCUGCCCCUGAUUCUGAUUCUGAUGGUUACGGUAGUGAUGAUCUUAUGAUAUUUAGCCAAGCACUUAAUGCAGCUGGUGGCAUGCACGUUGCGGCUGCAGAUGACGAUGAUGAGAUGGAUGGAGCGGUAUUAUUCGGGGAUGCAGAUGAGGUGAGGGAGUUUUCGUAG